AUGUUCUGCCUACGAAGCUGGCUACCUCUCCUCUUCAUCCCAACCAACGCAUCCCCGCUCUUCAUCAUAUCAUUUGUCGCAUUGACAUACAUCAUCCACCGACCAUGCAUCUACUGCUCCGCAUUACUUUUGAUCCUUUUCGUAUCCUCAUGCCACUGGUCUGACCGCUGCAUCUUUGACCCGCGGAGUAACUGGUUUGCGCCGCGGUACAGCUCAGAAUCUGGCAAUCAGGCUAUCUCAAACGCAACCUCUGAAGCGACGGUAUCUGGCGAGGGUUUGACGGAAUUUGUCUUCGAUACUGUGAACUCUACUGCCAAAGCAUUGGCUGGUGCUGCGAUGGAGAGUGUGCAGCAGAGACUUGCUCCGUCCGGGGUGGAGGCAAGGUCUGAUGAGUGGACGGGUGUCGGGUUAGAAUGGAUGCGUAGCCUUUUAGGCAAACGCGAGUGGACUCUUCCCUGUGUGGACGUCAAGGUUCGAUUGUAG